GAGAAAGAAGAGGGAGCAGGGUGUUGCCGCCUCUGAGACACACUCACGCAUCACAGAGGAACAAGCAGCGCGGUGAGAACAGGGCGUCCCUCCGCGUCUCCUCCUGUUUGUGUUUGAAUCAUUGAAACAUCUUUAAAUUAUUAAACCUCGUCGGAGCUGAAGUGAUUGCGGAGAUAUACACACACGCACGCACAGAAAGAAAGAAACGCGCACAUCGGGAGAGCGAACCCGCCGGAGAGCAGAGAGGGAGCUCGGUGUGGAAGCGGAGCGCCGGAGCAGUUCAGCACCUCGGACAGCGACCAUGGCGCCAGUGGUGGAGGAGGCGGCCCAGCUCGUGGCAGUGCCAGUAGGUGUGGCCAUGGUGAGUGUCUUUGGCCUCGUCUUCACAGUUUCAGCCUUUGCGUGGAUCUGUUGCCAGCGUAAAAACACCAAAUCACAGAAGACUCCUCCUUACAAGUUUGUGCACAUGCUCAAAGGGGUCGACAUCUACCCGGAGAGCCUCAGUGGCAAGAAGAAGUUCGGCACACCUGCCGCCAAUACGACAAACGACACUGGUAAAACCGAUGUCAACGGAAACUGCCACACCAUGGCGCCAAUUAGUCCGAUUGGCACAAGCAAACUGGCGUCAAGUCCAAAUGGCUCCCGUCCGGCAUUGCAUCUGGAUCUGGAGAAACGGGAUCUGAACGGCAACUUCACCACCAAACCAUUUCACCACCACCACCAUAAGGUCCGGAGCUCCCCAGACCUGGAGCUGCCGUCUCCCCAUGCAGGGUUUACCCAGCCCGGGAUAAUGGAUCGCCGUGACCUCCCUUCACCAUCGAGCACCCUCUCCAGCCAGGCGCCCACCCCAGCCGUGGACAAGCCCCACGCAGAGGAGAGGGAGAGUGGGCUGGGAACACUGCACUUCUCCCUGGAGUACCAGCCAGAGAGGAAGGCAUUCAUCGUCCAUAUCAAGGAAGCCCAUGGCCUGACCCCGACUGACGAACAGUCAAUGACCUCUGACCCCUACAUCAAGCUGACCCUGCUGCCGGAGAAAAAGCACCGGGUGAAGACCAGAGUCCUGAGGAAGACUCUGGACCCCGCCUUUGACGAGACCUUCAGCUUCUACGGGAUCCCACUGGCCCGAGUGUCAGAGCUGGCCCUUCACUUCAUGGUGCUCAGCUUUGACAGGUUUUCCCGCGACGAGGUCAUCGGGGAGACCCUCGUCCCCCUGUCCGGGAUCGACUUGUCCGAGGGGCGUGUUCUGAUGAGCCGAGAGAUCAUCAAGAGGAAUGUAAAGAAGUCCUCGGGCCGAGGUGAGCUACUGCUCUCCCUGUGUUACCAGUCCACCACCAACACUCUGACCGUGGUCGUCCUCAAGGCUCGCCACCUGCCGAAGACUGAAAACAAUGGACCCACAGAUCCGUACGUCAAGGUGAACAUGUACCACGGAAAGAAGCGCGUGUGCAAGAAGAAGACCCACGUGAAGAAGUGCUCCCCCAACCCCGUCUUCAAUGAGCUUUUUGUCUUUGACCUGCCCUCCGACGAAGGCCUCAGGGACACCAGCGUGGAACUGCUGCUGAUGGACUCAGACACAGGCAACUCACGCAGCCCCAACAGCGUCCUCGGGCGCCUGGUGCUGGGCACGUCUGCGGCCAGCACUUCUGGCGAGCACUGGAGGGAGAUCUGUGACCACCCGCGCCGCCAGAUCGCCAAGUGGCACGCCCUGUCGGAGGAUUAGAACCCCCGGAUUCUGGUGUCGAUAUCCUAUCAGGUCCAUCUACGAGAAGGAUGGAAUGAGGAUGUGCAGGAUCUGUCUU